GAAGCGGCGGCGGCGGCGGCGGGGGGAGGCGGUCGCCGGGCGCCGCCCGCCCCGCAUCCCGCAUCCCGCCGGCCCCGCAUCCCGCCGCCGGCCCCAAAUGGAUUAUCUGCGGCUGGUGCUCUCCUGCCUCGUCCCCCUGCACGGCUGCCUGGCCGCCGGCAGCGCCCCAGAGCUCCUGCUGUCCGGCAAGCUCAGCGAGUAUGGAGUGAUCGUCCCCUUCAGCACCGACUGCCGCGGCCGCUUCCUGUCGCACGUGGUGUCCGGCGAGGCGGCGGCGGGGCUCGGCCAGCCCGCCUGUCCCCCGUCCCCAUCCCUGUCCCCAUCCCUGUCCCCAUCCCUGUCCCCAUCCCCGUCCCCGUCCCCGUCCCCAUCCCCGUCCCGCCGCCGCGUCCCCCGCAGCCCCCCGGAGGAGCCCCCGCAGCGCCGCUGGCUCUAUUUCAACGUCACGGUGUUUGGGAAGGAGCUGCACCUCCGGCUGAGCCCCAACCGGCGGCUGGUGCCCCCGGGGGCCGUGGCGGAGUGGCAGGAGGAUUUUGAGGUGCUGUUCCGUGAGCCCCUGCAGCGGCGGUGCCUCUUCAGCGGUGACAUCUCCGGGAUGCCUGGAGCUGCCGUGGCCAUCAGCAACUGCGAUGGGCUGGCUGGCCUGAUUCGGACAGACAGCAACGAGUUUUUCAUCGAGCCCCUGGAGCGGGGCCAGCAGGACACAGAGGAGCACGGCAGGGCCCACGUGGUCUAUCGGCGCUCGGCCAUCCGGCAGGAUGGCGCUGAGCCGCGCCACGACUUCCAUCCCGAAGCGCCCGGCCUGCAGGUGGGUGAGCUCCCGAAUUCCCUGGAGCUGAUGGCGGCGCGGCUGGGGGACGCGGAGCGCAAGCGGCGCCACGCCAGGAAGGAUGACUACAACAUCGAGGUGCUGCUGGCCGUGGAUGACUCUGUGGUGCGCUUCCACGGCAAGGAGCACGUCCAGAACUAUGUCCUCACCCUCAUGAACAUAGUGGAUGAAAUUUAUCACGACGAGUCCCUGGGCGUGCACAUCAACAUCGUGCUGGUCAGGAUGAUCAUGGUGGGAUACCGCCAGUCCGUGAGCCUGAUCGAGCGCGGCAAUCCGUCGCGGAGCCUGGAGCAGGUGUGCCGCUGGGCGCACUCGCAGCAGCGCUCCGACCCGCGGCACGCCGAGCACCACGACCACGCCGUCUUCCUCACCAGGCAAGAUUUUGGGCCCGCAGGUAUGCAAGGUAGUUGCUUCUCGUCAUCAUUCUCCUGCGGAGAACCUUUUAUACUCCUUCCAGUUCUUACUGGAGUCUUCCUUACAAAAACCUGCCUUUGCUACGCUCCGGUGACGGGGAUGUGCCACCCUCUCCGCAGCUGCACCCUCAACCACGAGGACGGCUUCUCCUCGGCCUUCGUCGUGGCCCACGAGACCGGGCACGUGUUGGGCAUGGAGCACGACGGCCAGGGCAACCGCUGCGCCGAUGAGACCAGCAUGGGGAGCAUCAUGGCGCCGCUGGUGCAGGCCGCCUUCCACCGCUACCACUGGUCCCGCUGCAGCAAGCAGGAGCUCAACCGCUACAUCCACUCCUACGACUGCCUCCUGGAUGACCCCUUUGAGCACCAGUGGCCCACAUUACCUGAGCUGCCGGGAAUUAAUUAUUCCAUGGAUGAGCAGUGCCGCUUCGACUUCGGCGUGGGCUACAAGACGUGCACGGCGUUCCGCACCUUCGACCCCUGCAAGCAGCUGUGGUGCAGCCACCCAGACAACCCCUACUUCUGCAAGACCAAGAAGGGGCCGCCCUUGGACGGCACCGAGUGCUCUCCUGGCAAGUGGUGCUUCAAGGGCCACUGCAUCUGGAAGACGUCGGAGCAGCCUUACAGCCAGGAUGGCAGCUGGAGCUCCUGGUCCAAGUUCGGCUCGUGCUCCAGGACCUGCGGGGGAGGCGUGCGAUCCCGCAGCCGGAGCUGCGACAACCCGCCCCCAGCAUACGGAGGGCGGCAGUGCCCGGGAGCCACCUACGAGUACCAGGUGUGCAACGCCGAGGAGUGCCCGGGGCCCUACCAGGACUUCCGUGCCCAGCAGUGCUCCAAGCGCAACUCCUACUACACCCACCAGAACAGCAAACAUUCCUGGCUCCCCUACGAGCAUCAUGACGAUGCUCAGAAGUGUGAGCUGAUCUGCCAGUCUGAGGGCACGGGAGACGUGGUGUUCAUGAACCAGGUUGUUCACGACGGGACCCGCUGCAGCUACCGAGACCCCUACAGCGUCUGCGUCCGGGGCGAGUGCCUGCACGUCGGCUGUGACAAGGAGGUUGGCUCCCUGAAGCAGGAUGACAAGUGUGGGGUCUGCGGGGGGGACAAUUCCCACUGCCGGACGGUGAAGGGCACGUUGGCCAAGACCCCCAAGCAGCCAGGUGUUUUGAAGAUGUUUGAGAUCCCAGCUGGAGCAAGGCACCUUCAGAUAGAAGAGAUGGAGCCAGCAUCCCACAGCAUCGCUGUGAAGAAUCAAGCCACGGGGAACUUCAUCCUGAAUGCCAAGGGCCAAGAAGCCAAAAGCCAAGUGUUCAUUGAGAUGGGCUUGGAGUGGGAAUACACUGUGGAACAAGGCAAGGAGAGCCUGAAAACCAGUGGUCCCCUGCACGAGGCCAUCAGUGUUUUGGUUGUCCCUCAGGAGGAGGAGGUGAGGAGCAGCCUCAUGUACAGGUACAUAAUCCACGAAGACCUGCUGCCCAUGAUUGGCAAUAACAAUGUCCUGCUGGAGGAGAUGGAUUCCUACGAGUGGGCCCUCAAGAGCUGGUCCCAGUGCUCCAAGGCAUGUGGAGGAGGCAUCCAGUACACCAAGUACGGCUGCCGUCGGAAAAGCGACAACCGGAUGGUGCAUAGGAACUUCUGUGACAACGGCAAGAAGCCCAAGCCAAUCCGGAGGCGCUGUAACCUCCAGGAGUGCUCCCAGCCCAUGUGGGUGGCCGAGGAGUGGGGUGCCUGCAGCCGCUCCUGCGGGAAGCUGGGGGUGCAGGCACGGGCGGUGCAGUGCAUGCAGCGCCUGCAGGACGGCAGCAACCGCACCCUGCACAGCAAAUACUGCCCCGGGCAGCGCCCCGAGACGCGCCGGCCCUGCGGCCGCCUGCCCUGCCCCGCACAGUGGAGGACAGGAGCCUGGUCCGAGUGCUCGGUGACCUGCGGGGAAGGCGUCCAGCAGCGGCAGGUGGUGUGCAAGGGCAGCGACAGCGGCGCGCGCUGCGAGGGUGACAAGCCAGAGGCCAUCCAGGGCUGCCACAUGGCCGUCUGCCCGGGGAAGCUCUCUGGCAUCACCACCAGUGCCGAUGCCGGCGACCACGGCACCACCAAAGGGCAGCGGGUGCCCCAGGACGGAGCCAAAAACCCCGUGAGCAAGAUCUCCUCCAGGGAGCCUUGCCUCGGGGACAAGUCCAUCUUCUGCCAGAUGGAGGUCCUGGCUCGCUACUGCUCCAUCCCUGGAUACAACAAGCUCUGCUGCGAAUCCUGUGGGAAGAAAGCCUCCUCCUCCUCCUCCUCCACUGGCUCACCCCCUGUCACCAGCAUUCCCCCGGGAGCCACCACUCCCAGCCCUGCUCUGGAGCUCCUCCCCUACCCCACUGCCCCAGCUCGGGGGGAGCCUGCUGGGGACCCCACUGUGGCACCGGGGGUAUCCAGCAGUGGUGCUUUUCCAGGGGAGCUGCCAGCCCCAAGGGAGCCGGGAAGGGGCCAGGGGGCCAGGUAACCUGCUGGGGACACCUCGCUGUGGGGCUGGGAAAGCCUUUCUCCCUCUUCCCUCCCGUUCUCUCCAUCUUUUUCCUCUCCCCCAACUUCCAGUGAUGGUUUUCAUGGGUGGCACUGCCGGGUUUGGGAAUGACCUGGCUCCACACCUAGAAAUUCCUGGGCAAACCACUCAUUUCCCAUGGUCCUGCUUGCCCUCCCAGCUGUGCCAUGGUGCUUUUUGGCAGUACUGUGGGAAGAAAGGUGGAAAAGAGCAAAAAAAAGCUGCGGGUAGACAGGCUGCUUCCUCCCAAGGUGCUAAAAAGAUGUGGGAGGGGGAUGGCUUUAAUGUUGCGUUUUCCUUCCCCCUGCUCCAAGCAGCAGCACAGGAUGGGUCCUGGCUUGGUGGUUCAGCCCUGGAGCUUGGGAAUAGCAAUGGGAGGAUCCUGGGAAUCUGCUGGGGAAAACUGGAGGGGAGGUGGUGAGGUGAGGAGAGGGGGAAUGUGGGGAAAUCCCAAACUGCUGCUUUGAGCUGUCCUUGGUGGGGUAGAGAGUUUGGGAAACAUGUCUGGGGGAAGGUGGCGUGACUAGCAUAGAGUCCUGGAGGCAGGAGAUGGUCCAGGAGAUUCCAAAGUGAGCAAUAAGAAUCGCAGGUCAAAGACCAAAAAUUCAUGUCAAAAAUGCCUGUUACCUGGGGGUGACUUUUUUUCAGCCAGUACUGCCCUUGGCCAGCCUUGAGCUGAUACCAGGAUCACCAGCCUCAUCCCUGCACCAUGGACCCAGUGCCUCUGGGGCAGCAACAGCUUCCAGGGGAAAUGGGAGUGACUGGGAAGCCAGGAGUGGAUUUUAGGGCAGUUACAAGGAGAGGAGAGAGACAAGGAUUCAUCUGCAUCUCUCAUUGCUUGGGAAGGGGUGGAAGGGGGGUGAUUAGUGCCAUUACAAAUUAUUGUGCCAAGUACUAAACGUUUGCACAGCACUUUAGGAGCCUUGGGCUGCCCUCUCCUUGCUGGAUCCUGGGCCAGCUCUGGGCACAGGGUUUGCCUUGACAAGUUUCUGUCCUCAAAAACCUCCCAAAAAUGGUGUCCCUGAGGGGGCUUCCAUGGUUUUGGUGCUUAGGGCACCUCUGGUACAGUGGCAGGGGAAGGUGGGGGUGGAAGUUUUGGGAACGGGGAGGUGGAGUCCCAGGAAGGCAAGGCUUGGCAGACAGACCAGUUUGGCAUUGCAGAGUGGGAUGUCCUUGGGAGCACGUGCAUGGUGUGGGUGCUGGCCCUGAGGCUCCCGCUCCCCUGGUAUCCAAGGAGCAGGAUGUGGCAUCCCUAGGGACAGCGUUUGAGCUCUGCAGGUAGCCAGGGCUUGUGGUGAGGUGGCCAGGGUGAUUUUCCCAGUCUGGCAUGGCUUGUGACAGGGUUGAGGUGCUUGCUGUGACUGAAAUGGAUGGAGACCCCUCUGCAUUCUGGAUGUUUUAAGCAUUGGGCUCUGCAUUGCUCCCCCAGAGCUUCCCCACACCCUCCUGCUGCCGAGUCACAGCUGGAUGAGCAUUUUUCCAACUCCUCUUAAAGCACCUGGGGCUGGAGGUCCUCAGCCUCCCUUUGGCCUUAGGUGGGCAUCCCAAAACAUGGAACAAAGCCCCCCAUCUGUCUGAGCCACACAGCUGGCACACCUCGUGGGAGUGGGCACAUGGAGGGUGCCUGUGGAGUGCCCAGCCCCAGGACAGGCAGGUAUUGGCACCCACAGGGGAUCCUGUGGGGACACCAGGGUGGGGUUCAUCCCUCCACCCUGCCGUGCCCCUUGCCAGCCCCUCCACGGGAGUGCCAGCAUUUAUUUAUUGUGCCAAAGAGAACGCUUUGUUUGCUCUCCAAGGAGCAUAACAAAAAGACCUUCUUUCCCCUCAAAAACAGGCUGUGAUGUCCUUCCUCCAGAAUUCCCAGCUGCUCCCCUCCCUUCUGUGCUGGCCUAGGUUUGGUGCUUUAUUGCUUAAGGAAUAUUUGCAGUGGUUCCUCCCUACACCUCGGGGCAGAGCUGGGGCUGGGCACUGCCCCAGCCUUGCACCCACAGUCCCUGGGCUGCACUGCAGGUGCUGAUCCUGACCUCAGGACCACCUGAGGGGUGGGGGAGAUCUGAAGCAGGCUGUGAUAACCUCCCCCAGGAGCAGUGGGAGCUCUGGGGUGCUGCUGCUGCAGGGCUGGCACCCAGCACUGCGUGUUUCGUGGAUUCCUGGAGUGCUUUGGGUUGGGAGGAGCUGUAAAGUCCAUCUAGCUCCAGCCCUCCUGCCGUGGGCAGGGACACCUUCCACUAGACCAGGCUGCUCCAUCCUGGCCUUGGACACUUCCAGGGGUGGGGAAUUUAUUACAGUUGAAGGCAGGCUGAGCUUGGGUGGCUUUGUCCUGUCUCUGGUCCUGUCUCCAGGAGGAGAGGAUGACUCUGAUCCCCUGCACCCUCCUAAGCCAGGUGGGUGCAUGGAGUCGUUCCUGUGCUGUAACCUUGUCCAGUGUUACCAUGAUGUAUAAAGUUUUGUACAUAUGAGAUUCAGAGCUUUUAAACUUUUAAUAUUUAUUAAUUUUGUUGGGUUCUUUUUUUUUUUUUUGAACUCUAACAUAAUGUAA